UUUAUUUAUAGGCUUCUCUUUUCUGCUUGGCUGUGUGACUGAGCCCUGCAUAGGAUCGCCAUUCUGAAAUGUCUCUGGAUGGAAAGAUUGCUCUCAUAACUGGAGCUGUUAAAGGAAUAGGAAGAGCCUUUUCAGAAAUACUUCUGAAAAAUGGUGCUAAGGUGAGUCUUUUGGAUAUAAAUACAUCAGAAGGAAAUGAACUUAAAACAUUGUUUGAUAGUGCCUAUGGUGAAGGCAGGACAUGCUUCAUCCGAUGUGAUGUUUCAUCUGAAACUGAACUAAAUGACGCAUUUCAGAAGACAAUAGAGACAUUUGGAAGGCUGGACAUCAUCUGCAAUAAUGCUGGCAUACUGGAUGAAAAGGACUGGGAAAAAAUGGUUUCUGUCAAUCUGAAUGGAGUUAUCAGAGGUACGCUUUUGGGCCUGAAGCACAUGAAGAAAGAAGAAGGUGGCGUAAUAGUCAAUGUUUCGUCCUUGGCAGGACUUGGGCCUCUCCCUUCCGCACCUGUCUACACAGCAACUAAACAUGGCGUUGUUGGAUUCAGUCGUGCUUUAGCUGAUGGAUCUAGCCUUUUGGGCCUUGGGAUUCGGAUUAAUGUCUUAUGUCCAGCUUUUGUGGACACCCACUUCUUUAAAUCUGAAAUUAAUGAAACUUUGGCUGCCAUUCAGGAUGCUAGGAAUAAACUUUUCCACCAGUUUGGUGUUUUGCAACCUUCAGAAGUGGCUGAAAGUUUUCUGCAACUGGUGACAGACAAGAGCAAGAAUGGAGCCGUCCUACACAUCAUGAAGAACGGUGGAGCCCAUUAUAUGGACAUUUCCAAGAUGAAAAAUGCUCUGAUUGAUUAGACGGCAGGACUACCACAUGGGAGGUCCUAGAAACCUGCAGUAGACGUGCACCAGAUUGACACCCGUUUGUAAUACGAAUGAUGUUCACGUACCCCUAGUCUCUAUGGGGUCCUUGCUGGUAAUAAAAACAUCUUUAAUAUUC